UGGCAACACUUACAUGUCAAGUGUCAAAUGUAUCGAACGAACGCCCUGUGCCGUGCUGUUUAUUCGUAGCGGAUAUUCUGAGUCCGAUUCGAAUGUGUGCUGUGUAUUAGUGCAUAUAUCUGCCGGUUCGAUUUGUUCUCGUACAGCGGUAUUUCUGAUAUGAUUCUAGUGUUAUGUUUAGUGAUUAAAUAACAAUGGCAGUUAAAACCGUCAGUUAAGUGCUGUGAAAGUUGUACCUGAUUGUUCAGUGUCGAUUUAAAAUGACGGAGAAAAAUAAAUCCGAAAAGAUGACGAAUGCAUCGAAACCUGUUCCCAUGAAACUUUUUGCCGCCUGGGAAGUGGACAGGACGCCAUCCAACUGUAUACCAAGACUAUGCACGUUGCGAGUGACACGGCUGCGAGUGUGCGGCGCGCUGGGCGAGGCGGGCGGCGGCGCUGCUGGCGGCGCUGGCGCUGGCGCGGUCACCUUGGCAGCACGCAUGCACAGCAGCAAGCGAACGCUGCGCUCAAACGAUAUCGCUGUGCCGCCACUCGAUGUCGAGCUCGAUCUCUGCUUCUCCCUGCAGUACCCGCACUUCGUCAAGCGUGAUGGCAACAGAUUGCAAAUAAUGCUGCAGAGGCGCAAGAAAUACAAAAAUCGCACAAUACUCGGAUACAAGACUUUGGCUGAAGGAGUCAUCAGGAUGGACCAGGUAAACCUUUAUUACCACAUUUUAAAGUAACCGUAGGUUUACUGA